AAGACACUGAAUCCACCUCUGACUUCACAAUCUCCACAACAGAACAACUAACCGAAACAGAAGAUAUCAAAACAACUCAAAGCCUGAUUAAUGAAAAACUCAACAAAAUAGGAGAAACGAUGACACAGUUCAUUGAACUCUUCAGUAAUAAUCUUUCAGACCAAAACAAUCUCCCUAACUCAACUAGUUUUCAACAAUGA